GUGUAACACUGGAGUGGAUUUUCCCGUCGAGUCGAUGAGAUCGUCUCGCACAGCGCACUCGAUGUGAAAGCAACACAGAUUUUUGUUUUACCUGUAAUAGAUUUGUUUCAUUUUAAUUUCACAUGUUACGGCUUGGAUGAGCAUUUACAUCGGGUAUAAUCGGCAGCAUCCUGCGUCCGGCCAGACAGCUGGUAGACGGACUGACUGCAUCUCGACUUCGGAUGCUGCCUUUAAUUAAGAGGCGCAGAUGCGUUCUGUCUGGCUCCAAAACCCUCUAUGAUCUGAAACCUGACGACUGACUCCUUAACUAUGGAUACUCCUGAGAGACUCGGUCGUGAUGCCCGCGGGUGAGGAGAAGGGAGGCUGAGGAGGAGGAGGAGAAGGAGAUGGGCUGCACCUCUGCGAAGCAGGUGUCUGCAGUGCCCAACAGUGAAGAGGACCAGGGCAAAGCCCACAGCAACGGAGACCUCUUCUCUGAUGAGUACAAGAUGAAAGGAGUGGAGAAAGUCAAGUACAUCAGUGGAGAGGAGGCAAGAGUGGACAGCCAGGACAGCACAGAGAAAAGUGCUUUGCUCGGCAAAAGUCAACACAUGGAUGAGACAGGAUCUAAUGAAGAUGGAAAGAUUCUGAGCAUUCAUUCGUCAGAGAGCCAGCAAGAGUUCUUCAGGAUGCUUGAUGAGAAAAUCGAAAAGGGCAGGGAUUACUGCUCAGAGGAGGAAGAUGUGACAUAGCACCACGAUCAAGCAGCCAUCAAAUGGAGAGCAUGUCAGUGUUGCAGUGUAUCAUUCCACCUGUUUUCAAGGGCAGAAGGACAAAACUCCACUGAGCAACUUCUUGCCCUUCCUGCUCAACACCAAGCUCCUUCUUGUCUCAUCCAAUGACCAAAAAUCAAAGACGGCUUACGAGUUGAGGACUUCGUUUUUGUUUACUUUAUUGAAAAGCCAUCAUGGGAUGUCAGGGAUCAAGAGGGACUCUUUGCUUGGAUUUCUCCUUAAAGUCACGGCUGGACGUUUACGACAAGUCAGAAAAUAGGGCUUCAUGCAUGAACGUUUCUGAUUUGCCACUUAAAUAUAAUUAUGGGGAAAAAUAAGAUACAUAUAUUAUAGCAUCUUUUAAUUUGAUCCGAAAUCAAAUGGGCUAAUACAUUAAGGGUGUCAGCUGUGCUCUUCUCAAUGAAUUCUUUGGGGGUGAAAAAGAAGAAACGUGUAUUCAGCAAUUCAAAUUCCUUUGCCUUGAGUCAUGUUUUCAUGAAAUGUUAGCUAUUUCAUUGUGUUUCAAAGCAGCUUCCAUGCGGCUUACAGAGACUUAAAGCCUGGUGAUUAAAAAAAAAAAAGAAAAGAAAAUUAACAAUUGAAUUAGUAGUGAGCAAAACGUUGCGAACAGAUGUUUCAUGCAUGAGGCCCAGCCACCCACCCACCCACUGCCUCCAUCUGCCGCCCUUAAAAAAUCACCAGGUUGGCUUCUGCAUUCCAAGAAACUAAUCUCUUUUCUACCAUUUCUGGGCCCAAAUUAAAAGUCUGUGCGUCUGCCCUCAUUUCUUUCUAAUAUAUUUAUGUGAAACAAG